AUGAAUCAAAUCAUCUGUCAUCUUGGAUUGGAGAAAGCUGUUGUUCAUGGGAAGGGAGGCCAUUUAAGUCCAUCUUUGGUCAAUUUGACAAAUUUGCGAUACUUGGACCUGAACUCGAAUAGUUUUUCAGGAAUCCAAGUUCCUGCUUUCCUGGGAUUGUUGAAAAACUUGAGAUACCUCAAUCUCUCAGGUGCAGGAUUUGAUGGUGAAAUUCCCCGCCAUUUAGGAAAUCUCAUGUAUUUACGGUAUCUAGAUCUUGGAGAUUCAGAUAUCUCCCCAGUAUCGAAUUGGUUGAGCACUAGGGAUCUUGGAUGGGUUGUUGAGCUCUCUUCUCUAGAAGCCCUAGUCCUGUCCAAAGUGAACCUUACAGCUGCUCAAGAUGGGUUACAGGUGAUUAACAUGCUUUCUUCGCUAACAACACUAGACUUGAAUGGUUGUGAUCUUUUCAUCCAUCCUCAUCUUUCACAUGUCAAUUUCACAUCUCUUUCUUCCCUUGACCUCUGUGAAAAUAAUUUUAGUAACUACAUGGUUCCUCCUUGGCUCUGUAAUUUUACUGGCCUCCAUGAUCUUCGUCUUGAUCAUAAUAAUCUUUCUGAUCCAAUUCAUGGCCUAUUUGACCAAAUGACCUCUCUAGUUCGUCUUGAUCUAUUGUAUAACUGCUGUGAUGCUUCAACAUUGAAAUCACUUUGUAACAUAAGCAGUCUUACUUAUUUGGAUUUGAGGGAUUUCGAUCUUUCACUCAAUUUUCUUACUGGACAUAUUCCGCAGCUUGAAGUUGGUCAAACUUCGGUUUUACAGUCUCUCUUUCUAAAUGAUAACCGUUUCACAGGUACUAUCCCAGAAGACUUGUGCAAGUUGGAAAAUUUAUUUCUGGAUCUAUCCAACAAUCUUCUGUCUGGAAGAGUUCCUGUGUGUCUAGGAAACUUGGGAGACCUGCGGAUCCUAAACUUGGCAAAUAACAGUCUAUCCGGUCAAAUUCCGAGUUCACUGGGUAACUUGGGGUCACUUUAUACUCUGCAUUUGAAUGGAAAUAAAUUCGUUAGGAAGCUCCCGACCUCAAUGCAGCAUCUGAGAUAUUUGGAAGCUCUUGAUCUCGGUGACAAUGGACUCAAGGAUAUUAUACCAGCUUGGAUUGGGGAAAGGUUAUCAAAUUUAAUGUUUCUAAGAUUUCAGUCAAACAACUUCCAUGGAGCUAUCUCUGAUACACUCUACCAACUCUCACAUCUUCGAGUGCUGAACUUAGCACAUAACAACUUGGUUGGAUUUAUUCCUCACUGCUUUAACAACAUUAGUGCCAUGGGAUCAGGGCUAGAAGGAGGUUAUACCUUUGAUUCAGCAGUAAGCCUUCAAGACAUUAAGGGAGGAAGAGAACUUGAGUACCACUCAUUGAGCCUUCUGCGUGUUAAAUCCAUAAGCCUCUCAACAAAUAAUUUAGUUGGCGAGAUCCCUGAUGGGAUAAUGGAACUGGUUCAAUUGCAAGUUUUGAAUCUUUCACAAAAUCAUUUGACGGAAGGAUCCCCAAGAAGAUUGGCAACUUGA